UUGUCCCGAUAGAUUGCGUAUCGUUAAGACAACUUGAAAUUAUGGCUAAAUUGGUGCAUUGUCUAAGAUUUCCUUGUGACCUUUCACAUGCAUUUUGGACUCUGUUACAUUGAAGUGGAAGGAUAAUCAUGGCGUUGUAACUUGCGAAAACAUAAUGUCGUUACCUAAAUCUUUCACAUGAGGGCGCUUUUAUGCCCCCCAUAUUUGAAUGUGGCUUUAAGAAGUAAUCAUAUGAUUACGUUCAGCAUGCUUUGCUUAUCAAUGAUUACUAACACUGAAAGUAAAUUUUUCAUCAUAUCACAAUAUAUCCCUGUUUUCUUACAAAAUGGCGGUCUAGAAUAAAUUGUGUAACAUGUAGUGUGUGAAUUUGAAUGGGUCACUGGACCCAUGAGUUAUUUUGUGAAGUGAAUAGGGAGCAUUUGGAUGCUGAAGCAUGAGUGAUGACAAGGAAAAGAAGCCUGCCAGCAGUUCAGGUGGGCUUUCUGCUGUGCAGAUUAAGAUGGAGGGUCAGGAUGCGAGUGAAACAAUUACAGAUAUUCAGAAUUAUCUGGAAACAUUUAAUAAGGAGAUUCAAGGUGGAGAUCAAAUAGUACAACAUGUGACAGAAGUUCAGCAAGUUGUGGCUGCUGAAGAACCUGCCGAAGAAGGAACAUAUUUUGUUGAUCAGUCUGGUCACUAUUACUACCAAGCAAGCACUGAUCAGCAGCCAGUAAUGACUGUUGUAUCAGGAGUCGCAGAUCCUUCAUCAGAAGCGUCAGAUGGAACCUCGCAAACAACUUACGUUGCGAUGCAGCCCCAGGGAAGUCAUGUUGAAGAGACAAUAACAUCUAUGGAUGCUUCUGAUGAUGGCAAUACUAGUGGUGAGUCGACGGGUCAGAUGAUUUUAAACGCUGGUGAUGCCUAUCAGACCGUUACCAUCGUUCCCUCUGACACAAAUCCGGGCGAAGUGAGUUACGUGCUCAUAGUUCAGCAGCCAGAUGAUAAGGAUGAUAAAGGUGAUGACCAGGAUCUCACGGUGUAUGACUUUGAUGAAGGUGAAGAAGGAGGCAUUGCUUUGGAGUCUGGAGAUGAAGAUGAUAAGACCAAAAUAAUCAAGAUUUUGCCCAAGAAAUCUCAAACUGUAACUCAGGCCCACAUGUGUAAUUAUUGCAAUUACACUAGUCCAAAAAGAUACCUGUUGUCACGCCAUAUGAAGUCUCAUUCUGAAGAAAGGCCUCACAAGUGUAGCGUAUGUGAACGAGGCUUCAAGACUCUGGCUUCCUUACAGAAUCACGUCAACACUCACACAGGAACGAAACCUCACCGGUGUAAAUUCUGUGACAGUGCUUUCACCACUUCAGGUGAACUGGUAAGACAUGUUCGGUACAGACAUACACACGAGAAACCACAUAAAUGUACAGAAUGUGAUUACGCGAGCGUGGAAUUGAGUAAAUUGAAGCGUCACAUGCGCUGCCACACUGGCGAGAGACCAUACCAGUGUCCGCACUGUACAUAUGCAAGCCCAGACACUUUUAAGCUGAAACGCCACCUUCGCAUACAUACAGGUGAAAAGCCGUACGAAUGUGACAUCUGCCACGCACGCUUCACCCAGUCCAACAGUCUGAAGGCACACAAACUCAUCCACAGCGCUGGAGAUAAGCCGGUAUUCCAGUGCGAGUUGUGUCCUACAACAUGCGGGCGCAAGACUGACCUUCGAAUACACGUGCAGAAACUCCACACCUCAGACAAACCACUCAAGUGCAAGAGAUGUGGAAAAUCUUUCCCAGACAGAUACACGUAUAAGAUUCAUAAUAAGUCACAUGAAGGAGAAAAGUGCUUCAAGUGUGACUUAUGUCCGUAUGCUUCCAUAUCUCAGAGACAUCUGGAGUCUCACAUGUUGAUACAUACCGAUCAGAAACCAUAUCAGUGCGAUCAGUGCGAUCAAUCAUUCCGCCAGAAGCAGCUGCUGCGACGACAUCAGAAUUUGUACCAUAAUCCCAACUAUGUACCACCACCACCAAGAGAAAAGACUCAUGAAUGUCCAGAAUGUGGGAGAGCGUUCCGUCACAAGGGGAACCUCAUACGGCACAUGGCAAUUCAUGAUCCUGAGUCCUCGGCGCAAGAGAAAGCCCUUGCGCUGAAACUUGGACGUCAGAAAAAGAUUCAGAUUAUUGAUGGGCAGCAAGUAGAAGUAAUGGCAGGAGAGGAAGAUGACGAUGAUGACGAUGACACUGAUGGUGAAAUGAUGGCCGUAGAGGGGCAAGAUGGGCAGCAAUACGUUGUGUUAGAAGUCAUUCAGCUACAGGAUGGCGAUGGUGGUGAGCAAGCAGUCGCUGUUGUGACUGGCGAUACGUCACACAACAGUAUGGCGCAAGCUGUAGCACUGCACAGUGAUCUUACAGAUGACGACGAAGAAGAUGAUGACGACGAUGUUGUCAUUGAAACGCUGAGGCGCAGCAGAAAACUGUCUAGGAAAGAUGCCUUGGCUAUAAGGAAGAGGAUAGAAACUGAGAAGGAUAUGCAGAAUUGUUUUGGGUUUGAUGAUGGAGAAGAGGAUUUAGACGACGAUCCUACAAAAACAACAAUCCAGCUGCUGGAAGCCAUCCACUAGUAGAAAAGUCGGUCAGAUUGGGGUCUCCCUCUGUAUAUUAUUAGUUCAUGGCCGUGGUUGUGCAGUUAUGUUGGUGAACUUGGUCAGAAUUGUGUAGCCAACUUAGAGCAGUUAUAAACUAUCCCAUGGUGUCACUCUGUGAGUGGUGCAGUGUUGCGGAUUUUUUUUUUGUGUGUGUGUGAGUACUAAAUCAUCAGUUUUAUAAUGAAAUGAAUGAUGAUUCAGACUCAGUUUUUCUACCUUCAUUAAAAUCUUUCUUUGACUUGGUGUUUCAUGCCAACCGAGGGAAAGUGGCGGGCUUCAUUCCGAUGCCUCAUAUUGAAGAACUGUACAAAGUAUAUAGUUCACUUCAAACAUUCUGGAAGUACAAGGACACCUAAGCACGCCCUAAUGUGUAUUAGAAUGUACAUUGCACAUUGACUCUGUUGUUGACGAUUGUAGAAAGGCUUUUAAUGUAGCUAAGUCGAACUUGUCCUGAAGAACGUUCAACAGACGAACAGAAUAUGAUUAUUUUUAGUUUCUUAUAUUAUAGGUUUCAGGUGCACUUCCUUCUGUUUAAAGUUUGUUACAUGUUCAAGUUGUCGCAGACUAAAAUUUUUAUAGUGAACGGUUAAUUAUAGGACGUAAAAGUUGCUAAUGAUAAGUGUGGUGUGCGAUCAAAUGUGUUUAUUAUGGUAUUUAAAUAUGCUUCAUUGCUGUAGGGUUUUUUCCUCACUCCUUAAUUUUGGGUUAAUAAAAACAUUUGCGGUUUUGUCAGAGCAGAUUUAGAAACUACCGAAAGUGUAUAAUCGUACAGAACGAUGUUCAAAUGUAUUUCUGAUUUGAUGAAGGGAUCUGUUUCUUUUCGAAGUGGAAAUAAUUAUUUACAGAAUACAACAA